GGCGAGGUGUCAUAUUCCAUUUCGUUGAAGUUAUAGUCAUUUAUGCGUUUGAGAAAAGGGUACACAAUAUGAGUUAAAUAAACUCUUCAUUGACAAGACUAUGGCUGCUUCUGGCAUUGUCAGAUUUGGCAGACGAUUUUCUAAACAUUUAUUGUCAUCAGGCCUGAAGGAACCUAAUAGAAUAACAGAAAAUGGGCACUAUAUAACAAGAACAUUCUUUACAAAAUAUGCAGACCAAGCAUCAACACCAGUUUUGAUGCCUGCUCUAUCUCCUACAAUGUCAGAAGGAACUAUUGUCAAAUGGCUAAAAAAGGAAGGUGAAUCUGUGGUGCCUGGUGAUGUGUUAUGUGAGAUUCAGACAGACAAAGCUGUGGUCAGCAUGGAGGUAGAUGAGGAAGGAAUCCUGGCUAAAAUACUCAAACCUGAGAAUACUACUGACAUCAAGAUUGGCACAUUAAUUGCUGUGAUGGUAGAAGAAGGAGAUGAUUGGAAGACAGCAGAGAUACCUGUAGAGUCUGGUUCACAGACAGAACCAAUCACCACAUCACAAAAGUCAACUGAAGACCACACUACAACAACUAAAACUUCACACACAGAGAUACCUAUAGGACCAUCUGUCAGGAAACUUUUAGAAGAGUACAAUAUAACAGCAGCAACAGUCCAACCAUCUGGUCCACAUGGUAGACUUCUCAAAGGGGACAUACUGAAAUAUGUUAAAUCUAAAAGUUUGUCCAGGCAAGAUCUUAGGGCCGUCUCAAAUACACCUACGAAGGAGGGAGUUGUCCAACCGAGCCAACCCCCUACCACUGUGUUUGUUCCUGGAGAAGAAGAGGAGUUUAUAGAUAUUCCGUUAACUAACAUGAGAAGAACAAUAGCCAGGCGACUCACUGAAUCUAAAAUGACAAUUCCACAUUCAUAUAUUUCAAUAGAGAGCAAUAUAAAAGCAGUUUCUGAUCUAAGGAAACAGUUAUUAGGUGAAGGCAUCAAAGUAUCAAUGAAUGAUUUUAUAAUAAAGGCAUCAGCUAUAGCUUUACAGAGAGUUCCAGCACUGAAUGCUGUUUGGCACGGAGAGGAAGUGAAAAUGUCUAGUAAUGUUGAUAUAAGUGUUGCUGUGGCAACCGACCAGGGCCUCAUCACUCCAAUUAUAAAGAAUGCAGCAUAUCUAGCAGUGGAUGAAAUAUCUAGUUCUAUAAAGGAUUUAGCAGUCAGAGCAAGAGAAGGAAAACUACAGCUGCAGGAGUUUCAAGGUGGAACUUUUACAAUAUCAAAUUUAGGAAUGUUUGGAAUUAGUGAAUUUACUGCAGUUAUUAAUCCCCCACAGACUGCUAUAAUGGCCAUUGGGUCAUCACGUCUUGUAGCUGGUCAAGAUGGUCAACCUCAGACUAAUAUGACAGUGACUGUGUCUUAUGAUAGUCGUGCUAUUGAUGAAACAAACGCUUCACAAUUCUUAGAAGUUUUUAAAGAAGUAAUGGAGAGUCCUAGUUUAAUGAUUGUUGGAAGUUCAUUGUCAUCAACACUUAAAGUAGCUGGUUCAUACUAGAUCUGAAAAUA